AUGGAGCGUGUCAGGCCCGGGCGGGCAGCACCGAGCUGUAUUGCUAAGCGAGCCGUUACUGAACAGCAAAUUUCUGAAAAGUUAAAGAAUAUGAAGAAAGAAAAUGAAGAACUAGUGCAAAAAGUGUCAAAUUUUGAACAGAAGGACAGAGCUAAAAGUCUUCAUGUUGUGUUAGAAUCUGAGAGAGAACAGAAUGUCAACAAUGAGGACUUGAUAAUAGAAAAGAAGAACUCUGUAGAGAAGUUAAAGGCUGUUAUUUCAAUGAAUGCUUCAGAAUUUUCACAGGUUCAAAUUGCACUUAAUGAAGCUAAGCUUAGUGAAUACAAAGUGAAGUGUGAAUGCCAUCGGGUUCAGGAAGAAAAUGCUAGGCUUAAGAAGAAGAAAGAGCAGUUGCAGCAGGAAAUCCAAGACUGGAGUAAAUCACAUGCUGAGCUCAGUGAGCAAAUAAAAUCAUUUGAGAAGUCCCAGAGAGAUAUAGAAGUAGCUCUUACUCAGAAAGAUGAUAAUAUUAAUGCUUUGACUAAUUAUAUUACACAGCUGAAUCAGAUAGAGCUUGAAUCGGAAUGUGAGGGUCAAAAUGAAGGAGGAGGUGAGUCAGAUGAACUAGCCAAUGGAGAAGUAGGAGGUGACCAGAGUGCGAAGGUGAAAAUUCGAAUUAAGCAGCUGAUGGACGUCUCUCGGACGCAAGCUGCAAUAUCAGUAGCUGAGGAGGAUCUAAAACUUUUACAACUGAAGCUAAGAGCCUCGAUGUCUGCAAAGUGUAACCUAGAAGACCAAAUAAAGAAAUUAGAAGAUGACCGCAAUUCACUCCAAUCCGCUAAAGCUGGUCUGCAAGAUGAGUGCAAAACUCUGAGUCAAAAAGUGGACAUUUUAAAUGAACUGUACCAGCAGGAGGAGAUGGCUCUGCACAGGAAACUGAGUCGACAAGAGUAUGAGAGACAAGAAGAGCAAAGCGGCUGUCAGCUGCAGAUGAAAAGGCAGUUUUGGCUGCACAGGAAGUUAAAUCGUACAACCUACACAACUGAACUUGAAUAUUUCUUUCUCUAA